AUGGACUCCUUCCACGAACCGUAUAUCCGCCAAGGCGACGACAUCACCAUCGAACAGGUCCGUGCUCAGCUCUCCGCUCUCGAAGCGUCCCACAAGCAGCACGGCAUCCAGCUCUCUGGUCGAGUCUUGCACGUCUGCCACUAUCUCCCCACUCUCCCAUCCGAUGCAGACGACACCCCCCGCUGGUCUCUCUCUCCGCGAUAUGGCCACGCUGCCAUGAUAUCCGGCAUCCGCUCCCUCUCCUUCACCUACCAACAGCUCAUCAUCGGCUGGACAGGUGAUAUCCUCUCCUCCACCCCCGCCUCUUCCCUCCCCGCCUCCUCCGUAUCCUCUCAGGACCGCGCAGCCCUCGAGGACGCACUCGCCACUUACACCCCACGCGAGGCUGACCCAGACGACGACAGAAAGACAACCUAUGUCCCCGUCUGGCUCGACCAGGCCGUCGCACAUGGGCACUAUGAUGGCUAUUGCAAACAAAGUACGUCUCUCCUUCCGUCAUCUCUAUCUUACUUAUCUCAUCACUCACUUCAACCAGCCCUAUGGCCCCUCUUCCAUUAUCUCCUCUGGCAAGACGUCGCGACUGAAUACGCCUCCGCCGACUCUCACUACUCCGCUUACGCAGCCGCCAACCUCGCUUUCGCACAACGCAUCGCACAAAUAUACGUCCCAGGUGACCUCAUCUGGGUACACGACUACCACCUCCUCCUUGUCCCCAAGAUGCUCCGCGCACUCAUCCCAGACGCUGUCAUCGGCCUCUUCGUACACACACCCUUUCCCAGCUCGGAGGUCUUUAGAUGUCUCCCCCGACGCAAAGAAAUCCUCGACGGCAUGCUAGGUGCCAACCUCGUCUGCUUCCAAACCUACUCCUACUCCAGGCACUUCACCUCUACCUGUGUCCGCGUCUGCGGCUACGAAAGCACCUCGCGCAAAACCGAGGCGCUCAUCCAGGGGAUUGAUGUGCAGGGACAUGUGACGAGCGUGAUGCAUUGUCCUGUUGGGGUUGAUGCUGAGAGGGUUGCGAGGGAUACACUUCGCCCAGGCGUGCAGCCUAAACUCGAGGCUCUCCGCUCUCUGUAUGAGGGUAAGAAGAUCAUCAUGGGUCGGGACAAGUUGGACGUGGUCAAGGGUGUAUUGCAAAAGCUCCGCGCUUUCGAAAAGCUCCUCCACGACUACCCCGAAUGGAUCGGCCAAGUCGUCCUCAUCCAAGUCACUUCCCCCGCCCUCUCCGAUUCUCCCAAGCUCGAGCGCCAGGUGUCAGAGCUGGUGGCUCAUAUUAAUGGAGAGUAUGGGAGUUUGGAUUUUAUACCUGUGCAUCAUUACCACCAAACGCUUAAGAAGGACGAAUUCUACGCUCUGCUCUCAGUUGCCGACCUGGGCGUAAUCACCCCCCUCCGGGACGGGAUGAACACGACCUCGAUGGAGUUUGUGAUUGCCCAGGAAAAGUCUGGAAAGAGGAGCCCGCUGGUGCUUAGUGAGUUUAUGGGGAUUUCGCAACAUAUGGCGGAUGCGCUUUUGGUCAAUCCUUGGGAUCUUGGGGACGUAGCCUCCGCCAUGAACCGCGGUCUUCUGAUGUCCGCCUCGUCAAAGUUGGCCCGGCACGAAAGGCUGCACAGAGUCGUCACCACGCACACCUCGCACACCUGGGCGCUCGUCCUCUCCAAGAUGUUGUUGGCCCAGAUGGGAGGGCAGGGGACGGCGAGGCGGACGCCGUUUAUUGAGAAGGCGGUGUUGAAGGAUGCGUAUGACAAGGCUGGAAAGAGGUUGUUUUUGUUUGAUUAUGAUGGAACGUUGACGCCAAUCGUGAAGACGCCAGCUAUGGCCGUUCCCUCCCCCUCGACGCUCCUAGCGCUGACAAAGCUGACAGAAGACCCGAAGAACCUGGUGUACAUCGUAUCCGGGCGGGAUCAGCUGUUUUUAGAGCAACAUUUGGGAAAACUAAGCGGGCUGGGAAUGUCGGCUGAGCAUGGUGGGUUUAUCAGGGAGCCCAUGAGGGGCGGCAGUGAGGAAGGAGGAGAAGGGAAAGAGAGCGAGUGGGUGAAUUUCACGGAGAGGCUUGAUAUGGAGUGGAUGGAGGAGGUUGGGGAGGUGUUUAGGUAUUACACGGAGAGAACCACGGGGAGCCAUAUUGAGGUGAAGAAGAGCUCGAUUACGUGGCAUUAUCGGGCGAGUGAUCCAGAGUGGGGACAGUUCCAAUGCAGGCAAUGCCAAGACCUCCUGGAGAACAAUCUUGCGCAUAAACGACCCAUCGAGGUCCUUGUUGGGAAGAAGAACCUCGAAGUAAGGCCUAUCGCGGUUAACAAGGGUGAGAUUGUGAAGCGCAUCUUGUACCAGAACCCAGAUGCAGAUUUCAUUUUUUGUGCUGGAGAUGACAAGACCGACGAAGACAUGUUCCGCGCCCUACACCUCUUCGCCACCGACGCAACGAGCGCCACGCUCGACCCGCCCCUCUCCAUCACCCUCAUCGACGACCACGCCGCCAACGGGGGGUCAAGCAAACCCGAACUACCUACCGUCGCGCUUGCUGUGAAACCCGAGGGCGUGUUCACGACCGCCGUCGGGCACAUGAGCAAGCGUACGCUCGCGAGCUGGCAUGUGACGACGCCUGAGGAGGUGGUGGGACAUAUGUUGCAUCUCGUUGAUAUUGAUCCUGCCACUGUCGCUUCUGCGCCGCUCGAGGAUGAAGCUGGAGAGGAGAAGGAGACGAGUCAUUUUUGA